AUGGCCGCUUCGUUUGACUGGAACACCGCGAUAGACACAGUAGAGGUGACGGGAGACAUCUUGCACUGUACCUCUAACACCGGUGCCCAAGGGCAUAUUAAUGUCACCAAUAUCAUCGGAGUUGUGCCCUCCACCUCUUUGUCCGGAUACCAGGUGCUCUUCCUGGUGACUGGUGAAAAUGUCGAGGAGCUUGGAUACUUGGAAAACACAGCCAUCCCGUCCCUGCCCUCUGCACUAUCACCCUAUUUAGUGAAGCUUCCAGAUCAUCUACGACUCUCCGAGCCAGUGCAAGUCAUCAUAUCCACCCUGUCAGGGACGGGAUCGGCCCAAACAGUUUUCCGCGAUAUCUUAGAGCCCUUUCUCUCCCAUCUAGGUGUCAGUUAUCAGGCCCACGAAACGCAGUCCUCUCAGACAAUCAGCAAGCUGUCUCUAUCUCGGUUCUUAGAGCGCGCCUGCGCAGGAAUCCCUCAGACCAUUAUUCUCCUUUCAGGUGAUGGGGGUCUUGUUGAUAUUCUCGAUGUUUUCUAUCAAUCCAACCGACCCAUUCAAGUGCCCCCGCGUAUCGCUCUCAUCCCCUGUGGGACUGGCAAUGCCAUGGCGAGCUCCAUCGGACUACGAUCUGGUCCAGCCUCAAGCCUCGCGGCAUUGCUCAGAGGUGAACCAUCACCCGUGCCGAUCUUUGCGGCGACAUUAUCUCCUGGGAGUCAACUCGUUGUUGAUGAGGGGCGCCAGAGGCAACCUUUAAGUCCCGAGUCCGAUGUCUCCCACCAAACCGUCUAUGGUGCUGUCGUGGCAAGCUGGGGACUACAUGCAGCCCUGGUUGCCGACAGCGAUACCGUGGAAUAUCGCAAGUUUGGAUCGGAGAGGUUUAAGAUGGCAGCCAAAGAGCUUUUGUAUCCUUCGGACGGCGCCGAACCACAUCGAUUCCGAGGCAAGAUUACCUAUCUGACGGUAGAUGGCCAGAAAGAGACGAUUGAGAGUGAUGAGCAUAUGUAUGUUCUAGCUAGUCUCGUUCCUCGACUAGAGAAAGACUUCCUCAUCUCACCGGAAUCGGAGCCGUUGGGCGAACAAAUGCGGUUCUUACGAUUUGGCCCUCUACCAGCGGAAGAAGCAAUGCGCCUCAUGACCCUGGCUUACCAAGGGGGGCAGCAUGUGCAGGAGGCACCAGUCACUUAUGCCGCCGUUGAACAAGUACGAAUCGAGUUCCAGGAAGACUUGGAACGAUGGAGACGAGUGUGCAUUGACGGUAAAAUUGUCGUGGUAGAGAAAGGCGGGUGGUUAGAAUUGCGGAUGGAGCCCAGACGACUCCUGCAGAUCAUUAAACCGUGA